CCGAGGCCUUCUCGCCUAAAGCUAUCACCUUUUCCCGAAAGACCUCUCCGCUUCCCAAGAUUUCUACCCUUCGCUGCUGCCACUGGGGAGACCAAGGAGGCCGACGCGGUCGAAGAUCUCUAGAUAUCAUAGUAUCUCCAACAUCUUAUCAGAAAAAAAAAAAAAGGAAAGAAAGAGCAAGGAGAUUGAAAACCUUUCUUGGUGAAAAGAACCUGUGGAUGAGAUCCUCGAUUAUGAUUUCAUCACAGGCAGAUUCAGAUGAUGAAAUCCUUGAAGAGGAUGGUGCAAAUGAUGGCAGAGUUGUUGUUACAGAAGAAAAUGUUGCUUCUGCUGUCAUGGUAUCACUGCGAUCAUAUAAAGAAGCUUUGGCUAAUAAUGAUCCAUCAAAAGUUGCUGAGAUAGAGGCCCUUCUUCAGUCCAUUGAAGCAAAGAAGAAUUCUCUUGCAACCAAAGUUGUUACCUUCUCUGAAGAGUGGUCAACAGACCAGGGCUGUAUUCUUAGGAUCAGUGCGGACUUCGAUAAUGUUAGGAAAAGGAUGGAGAGAGAAAGGCUCUCUCUGUUGACAAAUGUGCAAGGAGAAGUUAUAGAGAGAUUGUUGCCUGUUUUAGACAAAUUUGAAAGAGCUAAAGAUCAGAUAAAGGUGGGCACUGAAGAAGAAGAGAAAAUAAACAACAGUUAUCAUAGCAUGUAUAAACAGUUUCUGGAGAUUUUGACCUUGUUAGGUGUUGAAGCAGUGGUAGGUCAUUCUUUUUCAUACUGUUGAGGUGUGCUCCUUUUGUAUCUGCUGCCUGCUCUAAAGCUUUAGAAGUUUCAUUUCA